GGCGCCAAAUCAGGUGCCGAAGAGAGCGAAGUGUGUGGCAGUGUGUCAGCGGGGCGGGGGUUAUUGCGCGCCACGAGGGAUGAUGCCCCGGCGCACACGUUGUCUGAUGGCGGCUUCGUGGGUAGCGCGAUAAUCGUUCCCCUUUCCAUGUUGCACAAGGCAAGGCUCCGCCUGCGCAGUCGUUGGAAAGCGGAAGGGACAUCUUAGUGUUGUUUGGGAUCGGCAACAAUGGGGAAAGGAGGGGGUUGGAUUGGUUAUAUGAUGCCACGUGGCAUGGUGGCCAUAUGUCGACUAGCGGUCGUCAUCUUACUUUUCUUAACAUUUGCACAGCAUCUCAUUUUUAUGUACACAGGCGAUGAAGGUUUAGACUCCUUUGGUCCAGGGCGCGUUCGAAGAUGGAAAUUUGGUCAUUCCGACGGCGAACUCCAACGUUCUGGCUUCAUCUCAGAAACUGUACUCACACUCACUGAACCUGUGAGGUUAAUUGAUCGCGAAGAUGUAAAGAGCUGGCAUGGACUGGGACAGCGUAGGUUAUUGCAGCCUGGGAAUAUAGAGCAAGUUAUUUCGAAAAGAAGGGGAGAUGGGUAUGAUAGGAGAUUAGUAAGCAGCCUUGUUGGUAAGUUGGCGAAUGAGUUGCGGGAGCUUCUGGAGAGAGGUAGAGGCAUCAAGACGAUGGCAGUUGUGUACGAAGAUUUUGUCAUGGCGGAAGCACUUCGAAAGGAGAUCGAGGCUGGCCAACGAUUGCUGGGUCAGCCUAAGCGAGGGGCUGUUGUGUCGCCUUUGGAAGUGCAAGAAAGGAUUGAGGCACUUAAGAAGCUUUUCUUUAGAGCCGAGCAGCAGCAGUACGAUUCUCAAGCCCUUAUAGAGAAACUGAAGUCUAAGUUGGAGAGCGCCGAGAAAACUACUCUACUGGUCAACAUGCAAAGCAAGCUGUUUAGCCAAAUGGCUGCCAAAGCUGUGCCUAAGAGUCUUCAUUGCCUUGCCAUGCGUUUGAUGAUGGAGUGGAAUGCUAGGCAUGAGGAUCUGGAUCGUAGACUUAUGAGUCCUUCCUCCCCCGAGAUGAGCGAUAAUAGUCUUUACCACUAUGCAUUAUUCUCCGAUAAUGUGCUGGCAGUCUCUGUUGUCGUCAACUCAACGGCCCAGAAUGCUGUUCAUCCGGAGAAACACGUAUUCCACAUCGUUACGGACAAAAUGAACUAUGGUGCGAUCAAGGCAUGGUUUGCUCUAAACCCUAUGCGGGGCAUGCACAUCGAUAUAAGGUCGCUGGAGGAUUUCCCGUGGAUAAAUUGCAGCUACGUCCCCGUCCUAAACCAAACAAGGGAAGCAUCAAUGCGGCGGUACUACUGGCACGUGGACGAGAUUUCGCCUGACAAGGAGAAUGUUUCUGCCGAUUCAUCGACGUACCAGAAUUUCAAGUACCGCAAUCCUAAGUAUCUCUCCAUACUUAAUCACAUCCGCUUCUAUCUGCCUGAAAUUUUCCCAGACCUGGAUCGGAUUCUGUUCCUGGAUGACGACGUCGUUGUUCAGAAGGACUUGUCUGACCUUUGGAAGGUGCCUAUGAAUCGGAAGGUCAACCUGGCUGUGGAGACCUGUGGAGAGGUUUUCCAUCGGUUUCACACGUAUCUUAACUUUUCGGACCCAUUGAUUUCAGAUAAGUUCGACCCACAGGCAUGUGGGUGGGCAUUUGGCAUGAACUUAUUCGACUUGAGAGCCUGGAGGGCAGGCAACUUCACAGAAGUCUACCACUACUGGCAAAGAGCGAAUUGGGACCGCCGGCUUUGGAAACUGGGAACACUGCCUCCUGCGCUUUUGACUUUCUACAACUACACAGAAGCAAUAGACAAAUCAUGGCAUGUGCUUGGACUCGGUUGUAAUGCCAACGUCAGCAUGGAUGCAAUCAACAAUGCGCGGGUAAUUCACUAUAACGGGCAUGCGAAGCCAUGGCUAGAACUCGCGAUGCUGCAGUACCAGCCGUUCUGGUCGAAGUACGUGCCAUACUCCCAUGAUUUCUUUCGGCAGUGCAGCAUCUCGCCGUCGUGACCAUCUGGCAUCGCAGCAGGUUUCAUUCUCUCUCAUCACGGGUCUAGUUUGAAAAGGACGCAGUGGCGAUCCAGUUGGUGGACAUGUGAAAAUUUGAACCUCACUAUUGCUCUCUUGUUUUUUUUUCCACCAAGGAUUGUCCUGGUUACAUUCCAGUCACCUGUGAGCAAUUUCCGAUCUUGUAUAUUUGGCAGAAGACACAUCUGGCGGUAUAUGUCCGUGUGUGUGGUCUACUGCAGAAAGUGGGAACAAGCGACCGAAGCAGUGAUUGGAUAAUGUUAAAGAUAAAUGUGGUGAGUCACUUGGCCCUUUUUCCUUUUGGCUUUCAACGAGUUGAUAUAGAUCGAUUUGCCACUUUUUAAUGUUUUGAUCGUCAUUACUCCUUUGUGAAUGGUAUGACUGUCAUGGCGGCAUUUGUUGGAGUUGAAGCCCUAGUUUUAUUAGUAUAUGUAAAAGGAUAAAUUUCUGUCGCAAGCGACGACGGGGACGCUGAGAUUUUUGAGGACGGUAUGGCUCCCAGCUUCAUGGACAGUCGCAGCACUGUGCGUUUGUAGAGCAUUCUCGUCUUCGUCAUCAUUUAAAGAAUAAAGUUAUCUGUAAAUAGAGUAGCAUUUAUCAUAAUGCCUCAGUGGUGCCGCUGUCCUCCUCAGUCCUUUCAUUUCUAGGGAGAGGAGGAGGUGCCGGUCUGAUGCGCUAGCUAUUGUGUUCAGCAUUGUUUGUGCCUCUGUGGCAACGUUUCUAGCCAUCACUGUCAGAGAUCGCUGCGAGCAUUCUUCUGUCCGAAGAAUCAUCUGGAUUCUUGGUGCCCGGUGCCAGGGAGCAAUGUUGUGCUCCUGACUGGCUCUUGUUGCUGACUCUGUGGGUGGAAAGCAAGCAGGCAAGCAAGCUCCAUGGUCAUGGAAGCUCUCACUGUGUCACCGAAUGUACAAAAUGAGAAUGAAUCUUCCGCUAGAACUUGGGAAGAUGCACCGCCGUCAUUCUUUUCUUUUGUGCAGUUGGUGAGCAGUGCGGCGAGGCCCUGAGGGUUGAAAGGGAGCAAGCUCCACGGUCAUCGAAGCUCUCACUGCGUGUCAGCUGUGUUCCCCUGGCAAGAUUCAUUUUUUGCUGAUGUCUCCGAUGAUGGGGAGACAGGUUGGUAGUCAAAUGAAGGUGAUGUCGGUUCCAGGCCUGCAUCUCUUGCCGCUGCACCACAAGAGAACUAUAGACUUGGAUGUGCAAACAGAAAGCAGAAGACCCGACAGUUAUGUUUGGCAGGUAAGGAAACCCUAGCAGGAAUGUUGCUGGUGCUGCCGGAGGGCUGCAUCCAUUACUUAAGAAAAACGUGAGGAGAUUAAUAUGACGCGUAAUGCCAGAGAGCGGUCGGCGAGUACUCUACCUCGCCCUGUUCGCUGGAGAUUUGGGGACGUACGUCAUUAACUACCAUGGGUCGCCUGCCGCAGAAGGGGAGAAGUGCUCUGUCACACACGAGCUGGAAAGGAACUGGUUUAUGUCCUCGGUCGGGCCUCACAAUGUGGGGGAGACGGGGGGUUGGAUGGAGAGCAGGCAGCACCAGAAGGAGGAUUCAAUACUGUACUGCUCCCAUGCUGUGUGCUACACUGGCUGUAUUGUACGUUCAUCUAUCGAUGUGUGGACAUGAUAUGGCUAACGUCAAAAAAUACCACUUGUCGACUUUGUGGUGUGCUGUCCGGGCGGGUGCUGUACGCCCCCACGACGAUUUGCCUAAGGCCAAAGAUACCCUCCUUCGGCAACUGCCAAAUGACACAAGGACACGGAACUGCAACGCACAUUGGCGAGUCUUUGAGCAUGAUGUUUAUUUCUUGACACAAGGACACGGAACUGCAACGCACAUUGGCGAGUCUUUGAGCAUGAUGUUUAUUUCUUGAGGUUGGCAUUCUUGGUUCGAGAGGGGAAAGGGAAGGUGGGGCCGGUGAUUGCUGUAGUUCGGACUUGCAAACCGCUCAACAGAAUCUGAAUCUUUCGUGCACAAAAUCCAUCUGCAACAAUUCUGUGUGCCUCAAUGGCUGUUUAAAUCAGAUGAUGAAUCGGAUGCAAACUUCAUCAUCAGCAUGGCAUUGGUGGUAUUGAAUGCAUACGGAAACGGCUCAUUGGUGUCACUUUUAUCAAGUUUUAUGUAGUCCAGCAAGACCGUGUCUGUCUGGCCAAAGUUCUUCGGUCAAUUCUGAGACAAGUUUUAGUAACUCUGGUGGUCGCCAGCUCAAUCUCAGUUUGGUACCUGCGCAAUUUUCAGAUGAAGAUGAGGGAGGGGACUUGGGGGGAAGAAGGUGGUUUCUCCUGUCACCCCUCCCUGGCCUCCCUCCCAUUCCCCCACUCCUCCCACUCCUAGACACUCCUCUACACCCUCCUUACACUCUCGUCGUACUGUUGGAAACUCCUUCCCGUCCCGGUGUUGCUUCCCCACCCCCUUACACCCUUCUCCCCCACCCCCUUACACCCUUCUCCCCCACCCCCUUAGACCCUUCUCCAGCCCCCAGCCCAUCUGAACUACCUCUGCCUUAUAGAGUGUCAAGGCUCUACACACGGCUCUGUACAAAGGUAAUUAGGUGCAAGCUUUGAACCAUUGUCUCCUCCUUGUUGGCACCUGUUUUUUUGCCGGCGCUGUAUCAUUGAUAGCUAGGCUUUAGAUUAUCGAGGACUCUGUAGGUUGCUGGGUGAUGGUGUUCAACUCACUUCCGCUUGAGCGCCAUUGGCAUUAUACUGUCCAAGACCCAGCAGGUGUAUCAGCAUGAUGUGGCUCUUGGGGGAACAGAAAGUUGUCUACGGAUUGCCUGUUCUUGGACGGAACAUUGAUUGGUAGCAAGGAGUGCCUGAAGGCGCUGUCUACCGAUAAGAGUUCACAGUAUUCAUCAGUGGUGUCUUUUGCUUGAUAUGGAAAGCUGUCAUGCGUACACUCUCUGAGAGUAAGGGGUGACUGAACUGUAUUGCUCGGUGGAACGUAGUUUGGGCUGAAGGACUAUAGUAUUAACCGUUUUCUUUGUAUUGGAUGUGGUGUUAGAAUGCUGAGUGAUGUUGAGAAAGUGAACGUAGUCCAGAAGCGGGUUUAAACUCUCCACCGUGCAGAGCAAGGAAAGGUCAAUCGCUGCAUUUACGUCCUUCCCUUCGGUUCAGGGGUAGUAACCGAAUGGUAUGGGCGUAAUUAAACUCUCCACUGACGUUGAGAAAGUGAACGCAGUCCAGAACUGGGUUUGAUGCAUGUUUUCUUCCUUUCUUUGGGAUGGCUGUAAUUAAGAGUGCUUAUUGUUCCAUGAAUGAUUCUUCCUUUUUUCGGGCAACCUGUCUUCUGGAAUUAGUGCUUAUUGGCCUUGAAAGUAGGGAAUUGGUGUGUAGGUCUGCCUAGCAAGCAACGGAGGGAAGCAAAUUCUUAGUGUUAUACCACCCAGCCACAGUUGUGGUAAAACUGAUUUAUAGCUUCGAAACUUUCCUGUUCAAAUGUCAGAGAGGCGGCGAUUUGUUUCCUUUUUUAAUAAAGGAUUGUAGAGAUGAAAGUUAAUGAAACACAUUUCUGAAG